AUGCCUUCAGGAAAGCCACGUCUGUACGUCGCUCUCUACCCGAGUGGAGUUGUCAACAAUGAAGAACGCAAGUAUGGUACCACUCAAGACUGGAGACGAACAGAAAGAGCUUAUUCGCAUAGAUACCACUGGGCAUUCCUCAUCGGACCCAAANAGGAGACCGCCAAAGAAGUCCCUGGCGUGCGCUAUCACGUCACCAAUCCCCCUCACAUCGGAUGGCAGUACGAUAAGGCAGACUUCAACAAUGUUCGCAUGACUAGCAACCUCCUUGUGCGCAUUACGAUUGCCAAAGUUGAAGACAUGGAUAGACUUGACGCCAUUCUCAAGAGUGUGCCGGUCGUACAGAACGACUCGAACUGGAGAUGUCGAACUUGGAUAGCAAGCGCACUCGCAGAAAUAGCAAAAGAUGGAAAAGCCGUUGGGACUGCUGAAAUGGACUGGAUCAAGAUUGAAGAGACCGCGAGAAGGUAUGUUGCUGAGAAGACCGCUCUUGGGCGUUACCUCAAUGUCAAGGAUUUGACAAGACCGAGGCCCACAUGGAGCAUGCUUGAGAACAAGGAGACCGUAGCUUGA